AAGACGCUUACGCUGCAGGCUAUCUCAGACUGAAUUAAUUUUCGAAAUAUCCCACUACCAUUGUAUGAGUUCCCAAACUCUAUCCACCCGCUCUACCCAAAGAAGUUUCAGUCUUUCUAAGAAACUGGGAACUAAUCAAAUGCUACGAAAGACAACAGUAAUCCCUAACUUUCAUUUUCGUCAUCCUAUUUUUGGUUUUUGAUGAAUUGUCUUCGCACUACGAUGGGAAAGUGCUGAUGUUAUUGACCGUAAAGAUGACCAAAGAUUCAUCACGUAAACAGAGUGUUUCAUCUCUCGCUGAUCUGUGUUUUCAGUCUUCUUUAAAAUACCUUGAAUCGUCCAGGAAAUGGGAUGAACGAACGAAUACCUUUAUACCUGAAGAUCUUUGUACAGCACUUAUAAAUAAAAAGCUGAAGUCCGGACAUUGUGACGAUGACUUUGUGUCGACAUAUUUGGCCGACGUUCAGACAAGCAGGAUUACAAAGUUGCACAUGAGUGGGGCACGUAUAACAGACAUCGCACUGGAAUUUAUUUCUCGUCAUCCUCUGCGAGAGGUGGACGUAUCACAUUGUGAGGUCUCAGAAAAAGCCCUCGUCUCUUUGGCUAAAUGCAAAAGCACUCUGACAUCUUUAAAGAUGGUUCAUUGCCGUCAAAUUACUGAGUUCAAGGAACUCCGUCAUUUGACUGGUCUUAAGAGUUUAGACGUUUCAGACACUUGGCUAGACGAUGGAAAUGGAAUUCGGUUUUUUGUAAAUCUGGUCAAUCUCCGAAUGUUGAACUUGAGUGGAACAGAAAUUGUUUCACUGGAUCCAUUAAAUACUCUGGCGAUGCUCACAAAUCUCGACUUGUCAUGUUGUAGGGAGAUCGAAAGCAUUAAACCUUUGGAAACCAUCCGUAGGUAUGAUUUACAUAGUAAUUAUAAUAAAUACGAAAAAGUCUUUAAGAGGGUGUUCAGUUCCACGUUAACUGUCUUUAUCAGAUUGUCUUUCUGGACAGGAACCCUUGGUAAAAUUUCCACACAGCCCCAUACCAUUGUAAAACAAAUCUGUUUUCCCAAUGUAUUGUUUUUUCAUUGUUUUCUCUAUCCAAGAACUGAAUGCAUAAAGUAGUAUGGGGCUGUACGGAAAUUUUACCAAACCCUUUAUCAGAGAGCAAACUUUGUGGUCCACAGUCUACAUUGAAGGAGUGACAUUGGUUAAGAUCCCAUCUGAGAGGAAAAACAACUCUCCUGGCUGCUUCAUUAAAAAACUCUCAUAAACUCUUCUAGUGUGGACAAUGUGCUCCAGUAGCACUAGUAGCUGGCAUUUUCAGCAACUCCUUUUUUUUAUGAACUGCCAGCUACUUUAAUAAGCAAAAACAGAAAGUUCUUUCUCAAUCUCUCAUAAGUGUUCAUCUAGCAAAGACUGUUUUUCAGUUUACCCACUUGGCUUUUUUUCAUCAAACUAAUUUUUAGAACUUGAUAGAACUUAUGUGUAUGCAUUGAAGUGUAGCAGAGCAAAAUUUUCUAUAUUCAACAUUCAAACUUCUGCAAUGAAAAUGUUGUAAAACAAUUGAUUCGCAAAUCAUCUGGGCAUACAUUGAGAUAUAAAACACUUAGAAAUUUGACGAGCACCCAAGAAUCUCAAGUUGCCCCUAGUUACUGCAUUAAAAACCUCCAGAGUGCAUGAUAUCUCAAUGAACAAAUGCUGAUCCAUUGACCAAAUGUUAACUUAAAAAUUACACUUCGUCUCUUGUCCUUUUUUCGUUGUUAGGUCCCUACAGUGGUUGUCUCUAUACAAUUGUAGAAAACUGUUUUCGUCAAAUCAGAUGUUACUAGAAAGUUUAAAGAAUUUGACCCAACUGCAACAUCUGGACUUGUCAAAACACGAUCCAGAUGAAGUAGUGGAAAUGGAUAGAUUUCUAAGUUGCAGUGCAGUCUUGGUGAACAGACAAUUUUUGGAACGAUUGCUGCCAUCUCUUCCAAAUUUAGAUUGGCUGGACCUUUCAGGUUUGACUUUUGAUUCUUCAUUACAUUCACAUGUCAGUUGCACUUAUCUCUAACUUCCUAUUAUAUUGAGCUCAGUUGGUAUCCUAGGAUGGACUUGUUUUAGCUGAUAUUUUGAAUCUGUGAUGUUAUGAACCAUUGCUACUUGUUUAGGGUUGUCAAAAUAAGCCAGAAACAGGGGCAUUCUGUAGUCUACUCUGAAAAACACCCAGCUAUUCCAGAUGCUUGUGGCUCAAUUUUCAGCAUAGAAGCAUGACAUUAUGCAUUAAGCCUAUUUUGUAACACUGUCUAGUUACUGAAAAUCCAUUUUUUUAUUUAUGGCAGGUAAUGCUAAGUUCAGCAACAGGGACUUUGAUCUCUUUAAUCAAUACCGUUCAAAGAUGCUGAAAUUCUUGGGAUUGUUUAUGACAGAUAUGUGCCAUUUUCAUGAAAUUCCUGCAGAUGAGGCAAGUGUAAAUAUGUUACUGGUCAGACUAACAUUUGAAGUUGCAAGAUUUUAUUUGAUACAAGCAGAAGAUGACAAGAGAGUGGGGAAGAAGAGAGGGGGGCUUCUGGUCUAUUCUUGGGACUGCACUAGUCUUUGACUCUUGAUGCAGGCAUUUCACUAAAAUAACCUGGUCAUGUAAACAAACCCAUGACACUUAGUUUAAGAGCAGAUUUUGCUCUGAAUAUGACAUAAAAAUGAAGUCAUAACCUGUAUUGAAUGCUGAAAGCCACCUUCAGUUUACUAUAAGUUUGCCUUUUUGACUUAAAAUAUUCAUCGUCUAAGUGCAAAAGAAUUCAAUUCAAGUCUUAAUGACAACAGAUUUUGGUGUGAAAGCUCCUCAAUCCCUAACUUAGGUCUUGACACAAGGAUGUACAAUUGAUAACAUGGAAUUACUUUUAUUUUAAUUUGUGAUGAUAGGUGUCUGGAAGGAGGAAUAUGAAACAGGUCACAUUUGCUGUGUCCAUUUAUCACAACAGACCUGAAUUUCUGGUCAAGGCUCUGCAAGAAUUGUUUAAUUUCCUCAAUACAGAUAGAGCUGAUGGUUUCACCCCAAAGUUUGUUUGUGAUGUAAGUGCCAGUCUCUGUCAUUUUCUAGUAAGGGGAAAUACUGAGGUUCUGAACACUUGGUGAGCCUUUAAUAAUUUGAGACAAUUUAACAUAUUUCUCAAUGUAGCUUGAAAAUUUUUUGCUCAUUCAACCAUUUCCCUUACAACAGUUCUCUCUCUACAAGACUCUACAACAGUAGAAAAUUCUGACCAGCCUGUUGAUUAUUGUUAUUUACUGUACUUUAAGGUUUCUUGUUCCGAUUCAGUGUCAUGAACUUUCAUUCAAGCUUAUUUGCCCUUUGAUGUUUAUGUUCCCUUCCCCCUCCUAAAAAAAUGAAGGGUUUGGUGGCAACCCCCCCUCCCCCCCCCCGGCUGGAGAGAUUAUUAAUGGUAGAGAAAUAAGUUUACAUGACAAAAAUCCAAGUAAAUGAACGGAAAGUCAAGGAUUAGAGGAUGAAAAUGGGAUCCUAAUGCUUAACAAGACUUCUACUGGGGGAAUGUAUAAACUGUGCUGUGCAGGUACAUGUGAAGUAGAUCCAUUAUUAGACAUGAAAUUUGGACUGUGCUGGUGAACUGUCUCAGAAUUUUUAGGUGAACUGUCUUUUAAUUCCUUUUUGAACCAUCAUAUCUUUUAUAUCUUUGCAUUUGUACAGGUUGUGUUGGGUGCCAUGGAGAGUCACCCAAAAGAUAAACUUGUUCAACUUGCUGGGAGGUAAUAAGCAAGCCAGAUACAUAUAGUCAUGUAAUUUUUUUGCAAUCCUUUUGUAUGAUGGGAUCCAAAGUUAGUGUAAAACUUGUGGAAAUAUUUUUUGCACCAAACAAUUAAUUGUUUAGUUAGGUGAAGAAAAUCUUAAUUUUAUUAAAAAAAAAUUUUCAUAUUGGUCAUUAAUUGACUCUUUUGUUUGAUCCUUUCAUUGUUUGUAGUGCAUCUUUGUAUCAUCUGUCCAGAGAUGAUGAUGGAAACAUGAAUCUGUCUGAGGAGUUAAAGAGGUGACUGCAUUCUUCACUAUUGUAGCAUAGAUGCAUCUGAUUUCAUUCAUCUUGUAAGAAUUAAAAUAGACUUGCUUAAUGGGAUAGAUUGUUAGGUGUCUGUAUGUUUUAUAAUCAAAAAGUUCCCAUUACCGUGAAUUGUAGCAAAUGGUUUAACUGAUAUACACUCUUCAACUAUCUUAAUUUCAGCCUUUUUUCUUUGUUUUUUUCUGCAUGAUUGUAACCUUUUUUAUAACAAAUAAGACUAUAUUUAUUAUGUAUUGACUAUUUUUCUCAGCCGUACCAUUGAGGUGAUUAUUGGCGCAAUGGAUUAUCAUGUCAAGGAGGAGCAGGUAUUAUUUACAAACACAAUCUGAGUGUGACAAUUACAGUGUAACCUGUGUUGAAAUAUGCUUUUAUCAAUGUCCAGAGAUUCAUGAGUGUGAAAUUUUUUUUCAGUUGCAGAAAAACUGUUGUCUCACUCUUUGCAACUUCAGAAUUCCAAAUGAUCUGGUGAGUAUAUAUGGUAUUAUCCAAACAAACAUUUGUGCUCUAGAUGAAUUUCAUAUUGAUGCUCUAGUUUUCUUGCUUUGCAAAUUGUACCCAGUAUUGAGAUGCAUUGGCAUGUUUACCCUUAAAGAAGUUAACAUGGAUAGGUCAGUGGUUAGCAUACUUGACCCCAGAUUGAGAGGUCCUGUCUCAAGCCUUAGCAGGGUCUGUACUGUUUUCUUGGUACCUUUUGGAAAGUUUUCCUCACUUAAUUUUGUAGAAAAGGUUGUGGUUAUUCAUUGCGGUGAAUAACAAUAAAAGCUAAGUUUUUUCGUUUUGUCUCACGAUGUAGUCACGUGUGAUUAGAUCGCGACGUUUCAACUGCAUACUGCUAGUCUUCUUCAGGCGAUGAGGUGGACUUGUCAUGUGUGAUCUUAUAAAGCUUGAUGCUCUGCUGUGAUUCGUUGUUAUUCAACAGCUCUGAUAGGUGCAUUUCGAUCUUUGCUGAUCGGGGAUUUGCUCCCUCAGCAGUCCACUGUUGCACGGCUCUCCUGUUGUUGUGUUUUUUGAUCAUGGGCAUCCACGCUUCUGGAAUUUCUAUUCCACUAUCCCUGUUGAUGUUGUUAGGGUGAAGUCUUAAGUGAAUUGCCUCUUUGACCCUUUAUUUUCCUCACUUAUGGAAGCCCCUUAGAAGUAAGCCAACCCCUAUUUGAGUACCAAAAACUGCCUAUGAGGUUUCAUUUGUGCAAAGACUAAUCAAAAUUGUCAUGUUCUUUGAUCGUGGGCAUCCACGCUUCUGGAAUUUCUAUUCCACUAUCCCUGUAAAUGUUGUUAGGGUGAAGUCUUAAGUGAAUUGCCUCUUUGACCCUUUAUUUUCCUCACUUAUGGAAGCCCCUUAGAAGUAAGCCAACCCCAGUUUGAGUACCAAAAACUGCCUAUGAGGUUUCAUUUGUGCAAAGACUCUAAUCAAAAUUGUCAUGUUUUUUGAUCGUGGGCAUCCACACUUCUGUAAAUUUCUAUUCCACUAUCCCUGUUGAUGUUGUUAGGGUGAAGUCUUAGGUGAAUUGCCUGUUUGACCCUUUAUUUUCCUCACUUAUGGAAGCCACUUAGAAGUAAGCCAACCCCUGUUUGAGUACCAAAAACUGCUUAUGGGGUUUCAUUUGUGCAAAGACUCUAAUCAAAAUUUUAUGUUUCCUAUAUUCUACAAAGUUUUGCUGAUUUUGCAGUGUGAUUCAUUACCUGUCAAACAAACCAACCAACAAAUGAGUAUUACUCAGGUAUUUCACAGGAAAUUUUUUUUACCCUCAUUUAUAUUUCAAAAUUAACUUUGCUUACUUGCAGCCUUCUGACUACAGAAAAAUGGUGGAAGUUUUAUUGAGGACUGCCACGAUACAUAGGCGUGACCUCAUUCAGAGGAUUGCCAUUGGAAUUUGUAAUAUGGUGGUGUGUCAGGUAAUGGUUAUUUGAUAUCUAUGACUGUGCAAUCAUUGCAGCAAUCUGGAUACAGAGUGCAAUCUAAACAAACUCUAUUUUUUUAUUUUUAAAGACAGCAUCAGAAGUAGGGAUGGGGAAGGUAAGAUUAACAUGAUUGAGAACAGAAUAUCCCAACAAAUCUAUAAAAGAUUGUUGACUUUAGUUAGUAAUUAUGAUGAUUAUUGCAUUCUUGGUAAAAAAAAAAUAAAACACAAAAAAUACUGGAACAUCAACUUAUCAUCACAGAGGCAGGAUAGCAUUAAAAGUAGAAAUAUUUUUUUCAAUCUUUUUCCCUCUUGUUUUAUAAUUUCCUAAUUCGUUUUGAGAUCUUUGGAGUGGAAGGGUUGAAGAUUGUAGAAAAAGUUGGCAAUAUCCCAUGAGUCUUCUCAUGUAGUCUGGCUGUCUCUCAGGCCUUAUGACCUGAUGAGUGGUUAUAUCUUACAUGAAGAUGGUAAUGUUUUUUGUUUUACUGCAAUUUAUUUAGAUUCAAGAUUCACCAAAAAUUGUUGUGGGCAGAGAAUUGAAGGGUGUGGAGGUAACUUCAUGAUACUAAAAGCGAAAUAUUAUUUCAGUCAUAUUUAGAGCAGGCUCGGAUUUAAGUCAACGUCCUUUAUUCGAGCUUGCCUGACUAUGUUAUGAUAUUAAGAUUUUUUAAAAUCCAAUCUGCAUAUGUAAGAUACAGUUCCACUCGGGUCACCUUUAAGAGUGCUUUUCAAUUUGGUGUAGUCACUAACUAUUAACUGUGAAACCAACCCAAAAUAAUUGAGCCAUUCUUCACAACGGUACACAGGACUCACGGAUUCUUCAUCGUUUUCUUGUUUAUUUUCCGGAAAAUAACUCAGACGACUUAUAAUUCUUUGAAAACUUGCUAUUUUCGUCGCAUCCGGUUGUCUGAAUUUGCUCGCCUGUGUUCAUUACCUUAUUUGGUAGUACUCGCAAGCGUCACAAACUAAGAGGGGAGGGUGUCGGUCAUAACUCUUGUACAUAAUCAUGCAACGGCCAAUCACGACGAGAGAUUCAUAGCGAAAAAAAAACAAAUCUAAAAAAUAGUGUCUUUUGAAGUCUCGUAUCAUCUUAUAAAUUUAGGAUUUUCUCAUUAAACAAACGUAUGUUUUUCUUGCAGAAAAUUCUUCAAAUUAUACGAUGCAAGAUGGGAAACAACCCGGUAGUUAUUUCCUGCUCUAUAAUUCCGCUUUACUUAUAUCUAUUGCUAACAAUUGGCAACUUGUGGAGAGUCUUCUUUCAUUUAAUUUUAUCAGACAGGGUGUAAUUCUGCGUAGUGGUUGCCUCGCAAUUUCAUGAGCAUACAGCUUCAGCUGGUGUGACUAAUAAACUAAACAACUCUUGUGUAGGAACACGGUGGCGUUAUGGAAGGCUGUUGGAGUGCUUUGUGGAACAUGACGGGUAAAUUAAUUAUUGAAAAUUGUAUUUCCUUUAUAAUAAACAACUCGUAGAGUGAGUUUAGAAAAAAUCCUGUAAUUCCCAGAUUCAGCUCCACUGCCGCUCACAUUAAUAUCUACCUACUCUGGUGAGAGGUGAUGUAGUCAUCUUAGAAACAAACGCUGGUCAUGAGUAGGAACUCUGGCGUUCGAUAUUGACGUAGUAGUAGUUACAUAACAAGUUAAUAAAAUGAAGUUCUGUUGUCCUUUACUUAGAUGAAACGCCUGAAAACUGCGCACUGUUUAUAGCUCAAGGAGGACUAGAACUAUUCACGAGAUGUCACGAGGUAGGAUUUUCGUAUCUUAGAAUUCCUUUAAAACUAGAGAAAAUGGCGUUAGGAUUCCCUGGCCUUAGAUCCAAGGCGAUGUGCCACGAAAUGGUGUCCUUGACGGUGUGUGCAGCUUGGUGGAAGUGCACCGGGGGGAAGUCCUUUGUUUUUCUGUUCUCUGAAAGUUCCUAUAAAAAGUGAUCUUCUGUAGCUCUCGUAUUUUGAUAAUCUCGAUGUUUAUUUUUAUCAUCAUUGUCACUAUCAUCAUCAUCAUCAUCAAUAAGAUAUUUUUUCCUCAUUUUGUUCCUUUUUUGAUAGAGAAUGAGCGAACGACGAGAUCUGGUUCGGAACAUGUUAGGACUGAUGGUGAGUUACACAACUUUUCCACUGUCCUCUUAGAAGUGAUCGGCAUCAACUUCUCAUGCCAAUGUCAGCGCAUUAUCCAUCGAACAGGCGACAAGAGAAACAAACUUAUCAGUUAGAGGGUGUCUUCUCGAUAUAACACUAAACUCUCCCACGUUACUUAAAAUGAAAUUAAUAGGAGCUGGAAAAUUGGGAUUGAUGUUGGAUUAUUUUGCGUCUCGUAGAUGUUGCAAGAUGCAGUCCACCCGUCUUUGGAAUCGCAGUAUCAGAAGUUUUCUUUAGGGUAAUUCUUAUCCACUGGGCCCUGUAGGACUUUUUUAUGACUAUUACGUGUUGGGUGUAAAGAAAACUAGUUAGACCGCUGUUAUUUCCAGUCACAUUUGGAACCUCUUUCUUUCUGUGAUUUUGUCCUUGUCAGGGUAACGUGGCAGAGGUGGCUGAACUACGACCAGAACUGAUGCCAAUUGCUCAUGUUUUCUUGUAAGUUUAGCUUAUCGCUACAUUUCCUUAGAGUUGAAGCAUACAUAGUGUCAACUUAUGCCAAAGAAUUCUGCUAAUAUGAUUGCAGUAAAAGUGAAGUGUCAGCGGAUUAAAAAACCCUUAGUUGGUUAUUACUUAAAGUAAUCUGCGAUUAAUUUUGGUUUUCUCCUCUCCUUAGUGUUAUAAAUCCAGUCGCGCAAAUCGCGACUUGGUUAUUCGCGCCGGAAUUUCUGUGCUAUGAACAGCUGGCUUGUUUUCUUGAGUUCACUUCGCUUGCCCGGAAUAUUUUCCGUUGUUCGAAUUGUCCUUCGUGAUUACUAUGGUUUUGCGCAAAUCCUUCGAAAAGCACUCUAAAAAUGUACUUCUCAAGUGAUAACUUAAGACUAAGACCUUGAGAGUAUUAAUUCUCUUAGCUUGAUCGUAUCGCGCCGAGCCUCGCACACAGAGAAUCUUUUUAAUUUUUUUAAUGAACUUGUUCCUGUUAGCGAAUUGUUGCUCACUGAGGGUGAACUGGAGGUGACAUACAAUGCUGGAGGGAUAGUAAGUCACCUGGCUUUUGAUGGAGUAAACAUGUGGACGAAUCAAAUUGUGUCUCGUACACAAGCGCUGCGAAGAUUGGUAUGUUGAUGUUGAGGUCUACUUAAUGGUUUCUGGAAUUGUUUUCACACGUUAGUAACCGCUUUCUUGGCUACGAUCGCUCUUUCUUCAGGUGGAGACGGUGGAUAAAUGGGAUAUUGAAACACAACGACAAAUGAGCUAUCGGUAAGAUGAUUAACAUAUGAGUUAGCGUGCGGGAUAGAAGACAUUUUUUGCGCUUAUCUGGCGCGCGGAGUGCGAGGCGAGUGAAAAGGACGAGUUUCACGUGAGAGAAAGGGUGUAAGAAAACUAAAUGUCGAUGUUUUCUAUUUGGCGUUCUUCAGUUAAGUACGCGUGUUUCCCUUUGCACAAUUUCCGCGCCCGUCUCCGCACGCCUGAUCCACAGGCUACCCAACAGAUGUACUCGAUCGUGUAAUGUGACCGUUCGGGCAUGAGUAGUCAUAAAAGUCAAGUGAAUAGUUGUUUUUCAGUCUGGUCCGUAAAAACGGAUUGUUUAGCUUUGCUUUAAUGGUAUUGGCUGGAAUACUGUAGUGACGUUGGUCAGUUUCAAUCUUGGUGAGAUGGUGAGAUAGAUCGCUUUGUUCACAAACCAGACUUACAGCUGUCAAACAAUUUCUUACUUGACACUGAUGAUGCCUUCAGUUCAGGUUGUCAAAGCGUCUGUCACUGUCUAGGAGACAGCACAACAGUCUUUUUCAGAACUACUCUCAUCCGGACGAUUGACUGCACGAUCUCCAUAGGAGACUUGUUGGGGCGCUCACCAGAAAUACCCGAGCGGAUCUUGAUUUUUUUUUGUUUUUUUCUUUCAUUCUUCAGUUCCUUUGCUCCAAUAUUAAAGUUAAUAUCAGGCUGUGAUACACCUGAGAUACAUUACUGGGCCACAUGGGCGCUGGCUAACCUCUGCAAUGUUGACCGUAAGUUAAAAGCGUUGUGUCACUCUACAGAUUGUGUAAAUAACUGUGCAUUAAACUUCUGUGUGACAAUCUUCUUACUUUCCAAGUAUAGUUUAGUAAAAGUGAAUUAGGCUGAAAGAAAGAGCAAUAUAGAGACGCCUACGAAUAAAGUCUUUAUUCGGGAUUCUGUUUUUUCACUUUUUUUACCUUGUCUUGUAUUUGUUAAAUCUGUAUAAAUUGAUCCUAUUUCAGCUGUGAAAUACUGUAAACUGGUCAUCGACGAAGGUGGUGUCGAGUUAUUGCAAGAUCUGCACAGUAACCUCAGAACGUCUCAGAGGGUCCGAGAACUCGCCGACCUGACUCUUCGUCGGUGCCGAUUACAUGCCGAAAACGUCUAACACGUGGACGUUGGCUGUCCACCUAAAGGAUACAAACAGAAAGACUCACAAAUUCGUAGGCAAAUUAUUCGACUAAUAGUGGACUUCCUCAUUAAGAGAGAACGAACAAGGUACCUGUAAUGUAGGAAGAAUGCUUCCAGUCCGUGAUCUCUUGCGGCCUUAUUGGUCGGUCUGUUGGUUAUAAGUAUGUGUUACCAUAGCAGACAAAUCGUGAUCAACGAUUUAGACUGACCAUAUAUCUUAGUAAGUUUUAAAUCAAAAUUUUCUAAAUGCAGGUAUGCUGUUAUGAUUUAUUUGUAAGGUACGUUUGGCUAAUUUCUUCAGAACGGAAGCGUGGAGAUAUGUACAAAAAUAAAAUUAUUUGUGAAAGUUAGUGGCGGAUAGUUAAGCUUUCUAUGACAUGUGGGAAAUCCUGCUAACAAGCUACUCACCCGUCCUCAAGGACUGAGAGAUAUUCUUUUUAUGUAUGGAAACAUGAAAAAAAUGCUUUUACCAUCAAAAGUCUUAUAAGUUAAUCGGUUUGAGAGUUAAUAACACCAUUUUUGUCACUAGAUACGCUGCAAAAAAAUGAAUAAAUGGUAAUAUAUUAGGACAGA